CGCAAGUCUUCCCUCCUCUGUGUGAUACAAUGGUGCUGACCAUCCGCAACCCCGCGCCGGAGUUCACGGCCGACGCCGUCGUGGACGGCGAGUUCAAGAAGAUCUCGCUGUCGGACUACAAGGGCCAGUACGUGGUGCUCUUCUUCUACCCGCUGGACUUCACGUUCGUGUGCCCCACGGAGAUCUGCGCCUUCAGCGACCGCGUCGAGGACUUCAAGAAGCUCAACACGCAGGUCAUCGGCGCCUCGAUCGACUCCAAGUUCUCGCACCUGGCCUGGAUCAACACGCCCCGCAAGAAGGGCGGCCUGGGCGAGAUGAACAUCCCGCUCAUCGCCGACGUGACCAAGGAGCUGAGCACCAAGUACGAGGUGCUCGUGCAGGACGGCGACGACAAGGGCGUGGCCUUCCGCGGCCUCUUCAUCAUCGACAAGGAGGGCAUCCUGCGCCAGAUCACCAUCAACGACCUGCCCAUCGGCCGCAACGUGGACGAGGUGCUGCGCCUCAUCGAGGCCUUCCAGUUCCACGAGGAGCACGGCGACGUGUGCCCCGCCAACUGGAAGAAGGGCGCCAAGUCCAUGGUCGCCGACCCCAAGGACUCGCUCAAGUACUUCGAGACGGUCGACGAGCCCUCCAAGAAGCGCAAGCUGUCCAAGUAAACAGGCUCAAGCUGCUUGGAGCGAGGCAUUAGCCCUCUCCUCCCCCCCCCUCGUAGCCCUCUUCUAGCUGCAGACCGAGGAAAGUAAUAUAAG